UUGCUGCGUAUCUACAACACCCUGACGAAGAGGGUAGAAGAGAUCGAGCCCGCAGAGCCGGGCAAGCUGAGCAUGUACACCUGUGGACCGACCGUCUACCGGGACGCCCACAUCGGUAACCUCCGCACCUAUAUGAUGGCCGACUGGAUCCGCCGGGCUCUCAUGCACCAUGGUUUCCAGGUCCACCACGUCAAGAACAUCACCGACGUCGGCCACAUGCGCCAGGAGUUGGUGGAGACCGGCGGCGACAAGAUGAUCCUCGCCGCCCUCGCCGAAGGCAAGACCGUCCAGGAAAUCGCUGAUCUAUACGCUGGCCGUUUCCACGUUGACGAAGCUCGCCUGAACAUCAUGGACGCCCACGUCUUCCCGUGGGCCAGCCAGCACAUCCCGGAGAUGCUCACCAUCGUCGGGACGCUGAUGGAAAACGGUCACGCUUACGAGCGGGGCGGCAACAUCUACUUCGACGUCCCCAGCUUCACCGAAUACGGCAAGCUUUCCCGGAACACCGGCGCCGACCUGCUCGAGGGUGUCCGCGCCGAGGCCGACCCCCUGAAGCGCGACCCCCGCGACUUCACCCUGUGGAAGGCAGCCGAGCCUGGCCGCGACGUCAAGUGGGACAGCCCUUGGGGCGAGGGAUUCCCCGGAUGGCACAUCGAGUGCUCCGCCAUGGCCUCCAAAUACCUGGGCCAGUUCUUCGACAUCCACACCGGCGGCGUCGACAACAUAUUCCCGCACCACGAGGACGAGAUCGCACAGAGUGAGGCCGCCUUCGGCGAGCAGCACGUUCGCUACUGGGUCCACGCCCAGCACCUGUUGGCCGACGGCGCCAAGAUGGCCAAGUCGUCCGGCAACGUGUUCCUGAUCGAAGAGCUGAUCGAACGCGGCUUUGACCCCCUUUCCUUCCGCUACCUGUGCAUGACGGUCCUCUACCGGCACCGCAUGAACUUCACCUUCACCUCUCUGAGAGCCGCCGAAAAGGCCCUGACUAACCUGCGCUCCCGCAUCUGGCAGUGGAGCCUGGAGCCGGGUAGUAACGGCCACUCUGCCGAGGCCGACGAGUACCGUCGCCGUUUCUGGGAAGCCAUUGACUCAGACCUCAACCUGCCGGGCGCCCUCGCUGUGACCUGGGAAAUGGUUCGCUCCUCCCUACCAGGCCGCGCCAAGAUGGCCCUGCUCCUUGAGUUUGACGAGAUGUUCGGCCUCGACCUUCACACGGCCCCUGCUAGUAACAGCGUGAACGAGGAGAUAGUGGCAUCCCUGCGGGAACGUGAGGCUCUGAAGAACAACACACGUGGGAACGCGCCCGACGGCUCCCGAGCCCGUCCCAAGACUCCCUUGGAGCGCCGCCUGGAUAGGUGGGAUGCCGUGUCAGCCUCCCGGGAGGUGCCUUCUCGCCUUGACGAACCCGCCGAGUACGACUUCACCUUCAUCCUCAACGCCUACGGUUACCCCGAGGACGUUCGCCGUUGCGUAGACGGCAUGUUGCGCAACUCCGAGGGAUACUCCGCCGAGAUCAUAGUCAUCGAUAGCGGCUCAACAGACGGCACCGGCGAGAUGCUCGAGGAGAUGCAGCGCGAGCACACUAAGCUGCGGGUGUUCCACUGCGACCACGUCAUCGGCGACGCCGCCAGCAAGAACAUCGGCAUCAAACAGAGCCUCGGCAAGCACAUCAUCAUCGUCGACGGCUCCGCUGAGAUCGUGGGCGACAUCCUCGGCACCGUGGCCGAUAGGCUCAGCGACCCCUCCGUCGGCAUAUUCGGCCCCUACGGCUUGACCACCGAUGACAUGCAGCACUUCCACGAAGAAGUUGACGAGGGCGAUGCCGAUGCCAUGCAAGCCUACUGCAUGUCCUUCCGCCGAGAAGCCGUCAACGAUGUGGGUCUGAUGCGCGAGGUUUUCCGCUUCUACCGCAACCUCGACAUCGACUACUGCUUUCAGUUCAAGGACAAGGGGCUAUCGCGUUCUCGCCGACUCCUCCCUGCCCAUCGUGAGGCACGAGCACCGGCAGUGGACCGAGCUGGACGACAAUCAGCGGGACGAGCUCUCUCGCAAAAACUUUGGCCGCUUCCUGAAGCGCUGGGGCAACCGACCCGACCUGCUGAUCACCUCCGGCGCCAGGGGCUUCGGCGACGGAUUCCAUCGCUGAUUCUGUGCCAGUUGUCCCGCACUGAUCUCAUACCCCGCUUGAGCUUUCGGAGCUGA